AGACUCACUCCCAGUCACUCCGAGAAUCCCAAGAACCAUCUUCCCCGUCAAGGCCACUGGUCACUGCUUCGCUCGCGUCUCCCUUCACGAUAUAACUCGAGUGGCUUGCUCCGCGCUUCGUUCCUGGGUGUGUUCAAAACCGGCCCCAUUCGGAAUUGAACUCAACUACGGCUUCGUCGCGCCAGCAGAAAGCUUCCUCUCCAACGACAGUCAGGACGAUAGAUACAUCACAUCACCACUACUUGCACUCACCUGAGUACACUACCUUACACUACAUCCAUCACUUAUUCACGCUACCGGCGACACACGAAGCCCAUUACCUCAGCCGUUCCGCUGCAGAAAACACCACAGACCAUCUCCGGCCCCGGCUCUCAUCUCCCCGACUUACCUCUCCUCUUUCAGUCCCAACCCAUUUACCGUUCAACAUCCACCAACCAACCAUCCAUCCAUCCUCUCAACCCCACAUAUUCGCUUUCGGUCUCCUCGACUUGCUUGUCGAGACUUCCAACGACACACCAAAGGAUCGUUGUCUACGGUACCUUUAGCGGACCGCGCCGCUCUUGAAGUGAAGAAGAGCCACAUCUUGCUGACAUCUCGUCACUGGUACUCAACCGAUUCGUCAGAUUGCCGCCUCCUUCCCCUGUUCAUCGCUCUCAUCGGAUUCCUGUAGCAAGGGGGUUUGAGGUCUAGGUGUCCCCCAAAUCGUGAGGGUUCUCUCAUCUGGCAGCCCAAAGGGACUUCGCUCGCCUGUCUGGGGUCCAGCCUGCCCACUCUUCAUCGGACGCGAGGUUGGGGAAGUUACGGCAGCAGUUGUCCCUUUGCGCCAAUCUAGGAUAAGAGCCCAGGUCUGAGAAGCAAUAGCUAAAGGGCUGCUUAUUCUGCCUGCUGCAAGAUGCCGCGCCUAGGGUACAAAAAGUCUCGCGGUGGCUGUGCAAGGUGUAAACAGCGUCGCGUAAAAUGCGAUGAGAACAAGCCGUGUGGCGCCUGUAUCAGGCACAACACCCAGUGCAGUCUUCUUGAGGGCUCAGUGGACGGAGGCUCCGGUGACAACAUGAGCUGGGAGCCGACAUCGAAUUCUAACGCAGCGGGACUUUCAAGAGUGCCGAGUUUCCAGCGAAGGAGCUCAUCGCGAAAGGGAUCCAGCGGCAGCCGCAAGACGCAAACGCCCUCAAUCAGUCCGAUAGACCACUCAUUAACGCCGCCUAGUCUGCUCGAGGCCACCCUCAACCUACCAGCAGACUUCGUCAGCGACCGGGGCUCAUCCAUCGGAAAUAGGAGGUCGUCUAUCGCCGCCUCGAGCCCUGACCCCUUUCCAUACUUUGUCAAGUUCUCAACCGAGCCCGUGGAACCGGUUCAUUUGAGCAAGUGGAUCACAGAUCUCGAGCUGAUGCACCACUACUCCACGGCCACUAGUCUCACGAUGCCCAGGUCAUCAGACGUGAGCAGCAUCUGGCAGUUCGAGGUACCAAAGCUUGGUCUGACGUACAUGUUCCUGAUGCACGAGAUCCUCGCCAUUGGUGCUUUACAUCUGGGGUAUCUGCACCCGGAGCAGCGCGAGUCUUAUGCCUUGCAUGCCUCACAACAUCAAAGCGAUGCGAUAGCGGGCAUGAGAGAGUCACUCAUGAACAUCACGACAGAAAACUGCCACGCUCUGUUCGCGGCGUCAUCAUUACUGCUGCUCAACGCAUACUCCACUUUCCCGUAUCAAAGGGGAGCGCCCCAUUCACAAGAGGCACCAACAGUCGACGACGUCCUCGACGUGUUCUUACUCGUGAGAGGAAUGAGUCACAUCCUAUCAUCAUUCCAACCCUCUAUCCAGACUGGGCCAUUCAGGAACUUCUUUACAGAGGUGGUCACUCCCGCGUCUACACCGUUGCUGGAGGCGGUCACACAGCACCUCGAGAACCUUCAAGUAAGCUUAAAGACAUCCAGCGCCGACGAACCGACCAAAGCCAUCGUCAGCAAAGAGAUUGACGUGUUUCUCGGGUGGAUCAUGCACGCCGUCGAGACAACGGCUUUUCCAGAGCUGCGGGUGGCCUUGACAUGGCCCAUUAACCUCACGGAGGAGUAUCUGCAGCUGCUUCGAAACCGCGACCCUGCGGCUCUGACUCUACUGGCUUACUACUCAGUCGUCGUUCGCUCAACGGAAGCUACCACGUGGUUCAUGCAGGGAUGGGGCAUCAACUCGGCGCGGGCGAUAGUAUCAGACUUGGAUCCAGAGUGGAAGGAGUUGGUCAAAUGGCCUUUGGCAUUCAUAAGCGAUAGGAGUAUACAGCUUUAG